CAUGUAACCGGACGUUUUACGGUGAAGUGGGAAUAACGUACGACAUGGAGCUGCAUCGACCGAAGGAAGACAAAAUACCCUUCAUAUGUCUUCUGACUUUCAAAGCUGCAGGAGGAGAUUUCGGCGAUUUGGUGCAGCUGACUUUCGACAGUUUCACGUUGGGAAGGUUCGUGUCCUUCACGGCCGAGGGUUGCCCGGACGGAGCGCUACAAAUCUCCGAAUCGGAUCGACCUCAGGUGGGAGGCUCCUGGUGCGGAACCUCCUGGGGUCCUUCGAUUUACUACAGCGAAACCAAGAGCGUGACGAUCACCGUCAAUCUACUCAGGUUGUCCAAGGACCAGAGCGGAUACAACUUCGAUUUCCGGAUGGAGUAUAAGCUGUUGAAGAGGAAAGCCGCUACGGUUCGAUACGGUGGAGCGAUUCCAUCGGUUGCCGUUGAGCCAAACGUGACGGCGCCGUCGGUCGAGCCAGAGCCGGAGUAUUAUUUAGGGGAUUUGAUAACGGGGACGUAUUGUUCGAGGAUAUUCAGCGACUGUGAUAGAAAACACUGCAGACUGCAAUCGCCCAAUUUCCCGGGGGUUUAUCCCAGGAAUCUGACGUGCUAUUAUGCGGUGCGCCAGCACGAAGUGCCUUCCGGCAAGCACGCCUUGAUCACGGUCCGACAACCCAAAGGACAACUAAUUUCGAUCCGAAGCCAAUCCGCGCUCUACGGGACUGCCAGCACCAGAGAGCUGAAGGUGUGGAACGCCUGCGACGACGUCCAAGACUACGUGACCGUCUACGACGGAUACACGACCAGGGAUCCGGUCAUCCUGAAGUUCUGCGGCGGAGGACAAGCUGUGCCGGAGGCUGUGUCCAGUGGACACGAGUUGCUCGUUGAAUUCUCGACGUCGCCGUACGGAACGUUCCUCCAUCCGACGCCGGCUCAAUCGCUGCACGGAUUCCAAUUGGAAGUCGAAGUGACGUUCGUGGAUCAGCAGUCGCCGACGUACGUGAGGAACAAAAGGAACUGCGAAUUCUGGAUUAGGGGAACGAAUAAGGGGAUUCUGGAGAGUCCGCUGCAUUCGUUGCCUGCGAACACGACAUGCCUUUAUCACCUGCAAGGGAUGGACACAUCCGUGUCUCCAUCGCCCGUCCCGUUCCGGCCUUUAUCCCCUCGUUAUCCGGACGGAUUCUGGAGGCAGACGGCGAUAGUAUUUCCUCCUCCCAGGUAUCGCGUCUGGCUGUCCGUGGUCAAGUUUCACGUGGACGGUAAUCGCGAUUUACAGAAGCUGGACCAGGAGAUGUGCCGCAGCUAUCUGAACGUGUGGGAUGGGCAGCAGUGGACGGGCACCAACUGCAACGACCUUUUCUGCAGCAGCAAGGAUAAGACGAAACCAACACCGAAGACGGCGAGCAGCAAAAACGUAAGCCUUCUCGCGAGGUACUGUAGGGAACACGUGCCGCGCAGCUGCGAUCAUUCGAUGUUGGCGAACGGCACCCGCUUCCCACGACCCUGCUCUUUAUCCGAGAGCUUCCUAUCCUCCGGAGACAGCCUGACGCUGGAAUUAAGAUUGGCGGACUCGACGGCCCUCAGGGCCGUGAGAUUCCGGGCUUUGUACGAAUUCGUCGACCUGCAUCUGGAUGGCGAGCCGUACGGUGAAGGGCUGUGCAGCAGGAAGUUCACUUCGUCGCAGGACAUUCAAAAGUUUAAAUCGCCGCGCGACAUCUUCCUCUACGGCAGAGGCGGCGCGAAGAAUCUCAGCUGCGUGUACCGUUUCGAAGCGCAAAAGGACGAAAAGAUUAAAAUAACUUUAACAAAAUUGGUGAUUAAAGGGCGAGAGUGCGAAUCCAAGUUGAGCCCGGAAACUGAUCGGUUCUACUGCCACGGGAACACGACCGCCGCUGUUCGCAUGUUCGAUGUUCCUUGGACCGAUGUUCCGGGCUCACCGCGAGAUUGCCUCUGCUCCUCACCCGAAACCUUGCUACCAUUCACCUACGUCUCCACUUCGAACGUCGUCGAACUGAGAUUCGACGUAACAGGGAUGAACGCUUCCGACGACUUCUCCACUCUAUACUUUGAAGGCGCCUGGAAGUUCAUCCGCGCGCCUAUCUGCAAAAGCAACCUCAGGAAGCAGGGUCCAAGCGGCGAAAUAACAUUCUCGUAUCCCUUCGAGAAUUCCGAAGAGGUGAACUGCGACUCGUAUCCGAGGGCCAUUAUACCAUCGGCGAAUAAAUUCCUGUACGUGAAGAUAAGCGGAACGAUUAUGAAGCACAUACAUCGAGGAAACGAGACCGCCGUUACUGCUAUGGCGUGCGGAACGACAAACAGAAUUUCCGUUCACACGGCGCUUUAUUCCGCUGUUAUAUGCCCAUAUGUAUCCUCGUCGCGUCGGCACAAUUUAGUGGAGGUUUUCUCGGAGGGCUGGAAGACGCCGGAAUUGGCCGUCGAUAAAAUAGAGAUCGAUCAUCUUGGCAAGGAGUUGUCGAGGACCAUCAUCGUCGAGUUUCACGGCAAAGAGGAAGCAGCCUAUUCCGUGCAUUGGCUCGAGCUGUCUCGGAGAAAGGAGCUUCCGCCGAACGGCGUCGGUUUGGUCCUGAUGAUGCACGACGAAUGCCUGUACAGGUGUCCCGAAUUGGAUGCCUGCAUAAACGCGACGGUCUGGUGCGACGGAACCGAAGACUGUCCAUCGGGCGUCGACGAAGCUCUGACCCACUGCUCGUUCCUGCUUCAGCUGCCGCCGCUCUACCUCUUCCUGGGCGUCUUAAUCUUGAUGCUGCUCAGCAUCACCAUCUGCUUCGUCGUCUACAAAACCUGCCGGAGGAGGCCGCGCUCGAUCCUGCAGACCCGCCUGAAAAGCCUCUCAUCCUCAGACACUGCCAUUAUCGAUGAGAAGGGUGUGAUUUGCUGACACAGCGACAAUUCUGUGCGUUACGUCGAGGUGGACAGGGUGACGACCGUGUGACGGUCGAUCUCUGUCCUCUUCCAAAUGUAACUCGCAGAAUUGGCAUAAAAAAAAUUAAACAAAACGAUACAACAAAAAAGAAAGAAACAUAAAAAUGAAACACGCAAUAUAAUCGAGCCGGAUCGCGUCGAACGCGGCCCUUAUCUUAUUUAGGACCAAUGUAUUAUAAACAUUCUCUAAUAUAUUUCGGACGUUUUUAGAAUUGUGAUUGUGAUAGGUACCUGUUUGUGAUUUUAUAAACAAAAAACAAAAAAAAAUAAGAACAAUGUGAAGAGUACGCAAUUAUUACGAGUAUACAGUUCGUUAGAGUUCGUUCAUUUCAGUUUUUAUCGCUUAGAAAUUGAAAUCAAAAAUGAUAACAGAUAAAUAAUUAACGAUAAGUAUAAUAAAUAAAUUUAAAAAGAUGAUUACUACCCAAGGGAUCUAGGCAAUACGAUUUGUACAUAAAUUAAUAAGAAUUUAGAGAAUUUGAUGAUGAACAAUUUAGACUUCUCCAAAAAAAAAAGGGAUGGGUACUAGCAUUCGUUUUUUUCGGUGCAUUCCGAGCACUGUGCGUUCUCGUACAAUGACUGAUAUUUAACUGCAUACUUGUACAUACUGCGGCUAAGAGUUUAAUAAACAGUUUAGAUUUUAAUCGAUAAGUCAAAAUCCAUAUCCAAUUAAUAUUUAAUUAAAACAACAACAACAACAAAAAUGUUGAAAGAAAAGCAUUUUUUUUAUAUAUAAAUAAAUAAAAAGAAAAUUGAAUAGAAAAAUUCGAUCACUGCCCGACGACAGCGAGGCAAGAUUUUAAAUUAUAUAAAUAUAUAUAGAGAGAGAAAUAAAAAAAAAAAAAAACAUAAAUAUAUUAUAAGAAAACUUCAGAUUUAUGAAAAGUUUUGUGAUUUCCGUUCAGAAACAUUCUUCACUGCCUCUCGUAAACUCGAGAUUUGAGAUUUCCAAAAGUGUCACGGAGCGAUCGAUUGAAGACAUUUUACGUUGAGUUUUACGUUUUUUCAGGAUGCGCCAAUUUACACAUUAAAACACAAAUUAAGGAGUAAAAGAAGGACAUCUCAGUUGACGUUGACUCAAUAAGGACAAUCUAUGAAUAAAGUACGUUUAUUUCAUAUCAAAGGCUUUUACUUUUUCGCAUUAAACUACGUUUACGUUUAAUUUCUUCUUUCGUUUUUUUUUUUUUGGAAUGAUUCUUUUCGAAUGCGCAGUCAGGUGUCUGACAAUAAGAAUUUAUGAUGAUUGAAACGGAGGGUUGAACCGCUAAUUAAACGAGAUAUAUUAUAUUAUAUAUAUAUAAAUAAAUUCCUAUGUAGAUAAUAUUUAGUUUUGUUAAUAUUAUUAAUGAUAACAAUAAUAAAUAAAUAAUACCGAGAUGGAGGAAAU